GUGACGGCGAGAGAACGUCCGCCGGACAGUUAGACACCAUGGCUUCGUCACUCAGUAAAAGUGCAAACUUUAUUACAAAAUGCGGCCCAUUUAUUGGUGGAAAGAGGGCUGUCUCUCAGGAAAUUGUCAGACGGGCUGUUCCUGCAAACUUGCCGUGAUGUUGCAAAGGAUUAUCCAGAGAUUGAGUUCACUGACAUGAUUGUAGACAACACUUGCAUGCAACUAGUUGCCAGGCCACAUCAGUUUGAUGUAAUGGUCAUGCCAAACUUGUAUGGUACUGUUAUAUCUAAUGUGAUUUGUGGACUUGUUGGUGGGCCCGGUCUGCUCUCAGGCAGGAAUUACGGUGAUCAUUUCGCUGUGUUUGAGCCUGGCACUCGAAACACUGGAACUGCAGUUGCUGGUCGGAACAUUGCUAAUCCAGUUGCCAUGCUGAAUGCUUCAUGUGACCUACUGGAACAUCUCAACCUGAAUAAUCAUGCAACCAUGAUACGAGAUGCCAUCAACAAGACACUGUGUAUUGACAAGAUUCACACGUCUGAUUUGGGAGGGCAAGCAACCAGUCUAGAUGUUGUGCAAAACAUUAUUCAGACAAUUCAGACAAGCACCUCCUCCAGCAAGUGGUAACUUAAACUUGUAUCUCAACACUUUCCUGUAGCUCCUCUCAGCAUGUAGAAAACCAUGAAGAAGACGCAGCGAUCUGUUAUUGGGCAGAAUUGAGGUCAACACCGAGCCACGACCACCAGCGCCACAUUCCACUCCGAACAGGGUGCUUUGAUGUAUCAUCACUGAAAUUCGGCCAUAUUUGUUUAUGACCGGUAAUUUUUACUCUGUUCAAUGAGCGCCAGUCCGAAAUAGCGCUCAUUGCUCCCCUCCAGCCCAUCGCGUCCCCGCCGUGGGUGUCGACAUGCGGCUCUGGGAAGGUUCUUUUCGCGCUUGUUUGCAUUUAAUUACAUGCCUUUGUUUCUCUAUAUAUUUUAGGAAUAUGUUUUUGCCAGUUCAUUUAGUUUUAAAUUUUACCCAUAGAUUGUGUUUUAUCUAUAUUGUAAAUAAUAGAAGCAAUAUAUUUAUAUUUAUGAACAUCAAGGGCCAGGAACAUCGAGCAUUAUGUGACAAGACGUGAAAAGGCACAGGAUAUUGGCUAAUAACACUGAUUUGUAAUGUCUGAUCAGGAGAUAAUCUAGAAGACAAAUCUAUAGUAGCAGUCUUUAGCUUGAAAUACAUCUUUGUAAAUAGUUUAGUAUGGUGUAAUUGUUAAUAAAGAUUCAUUUUAAAAA